CUUUUCUGGUGACGCCAUGGAUCUUUGUCGAAGCUCGAUUUUGCUUUUGAUCAUUGCGUUGUUAUCUCCUAGGACACUAUCAAUGCGUUACGAACUAAAGUCUUCGAAAACGAAAUGUAUCGGAGAGGAGAUUCACGAAAACGCCAUGUCCAUUGGUAAAUACUUCAUCGUAAACCCUAACGAAGAUAAUCAUCCUCUUCCUGAUUCUCACAAGAUCAUCGUCAAGGUGAUGCCACCACAAGGGAAGAAUUUGCACGAAGCCGAUAAGGUAGAGGCUGGUCAGUUCUCGUUUACUGCUUAUGAAAAUGGGAGUUACGUAGCGUGCAUCACUGCCAUUGAUUAUAAGCCGGAGACCACGUUGACUAUUGAUUUUGAUUGGAAGACUGGUGUUCACUCUAAGGAGUGGACCAAUGUGGCUAAGAAGAGUCAAGUUGAUAUGAUGGAGUAUCAGGUUAAGACCUUGAUGGAUACUGUUAUUUCCAUACAUGAGGAGAUGUAUUAUCUUCGUGAAAGGGAAGAGGAAAUGCAAGAACUGAAUAGAUCCACAAACUCGAAGAUGGCGUGGUUGAGUUUCGGGUCGCUUGUGGUUUGUUUAUCGGUGGCUGGUCUACAAUUCUGGCACUUGAAAACUUUCUUUGAGAAAAAGAAACUCAUCUAAGUAGUAGACAUGCACACACAUACUCAUUUGCUGAUCAUAAGACCAUUAGAGAGCUAUAUAUAUAGCUUUGGGUAUACAACUGAUUUCAUAUUUUAUUUAAGGCAAAGAGAAAGCAAAUUCUUGUGAUGAUUUUUGGUGUCUCUCAAUUUCGUGUUUGAGUUUUGGGUUGGUAGUUAUCUGUCUUUUAAGUUUCCUUGAUAUGCUCCAGGAACAACAGCCAUAUACUCUAGUUCAUGUCUCAUAAUGAAUAAAAG